AUGAAGCUCUCCCUCCUCCUCACCGCCGCCGCCCUCACCCUCGCCCCCACCACCACCGCCUGGCGCGUCUACUUCUACCAACUCAAAGACGGCCAAGGCCCCUCCAUCACCGCCAGCGGCCCCGGCGGCACCGGCUCCGCCUGCCACAGCGUCGGCAGCUUGAACAACAAGAUCUCCUCCGUGCGGUGGUACUCCGACAACUCCGAGACGAACCCCACCACCCGCUGCUGCAUCAGCAUGUAUCAAGGGCUAGGCUGUACGGGUACCAACUGGGGCCAGAGCUGGUGCAGGAACAGGUUUGCCGAUACGAGUAACUUUGGGGCGGACAAUCAGAUUAGCUCUUACCAGACCGAUUGUUAUAAGGUUUAA